AUGAUUAGAUCAAUCAUUUCUAAAUCACUAAAGAGUGGCCAUUUCAUAUAUUCACCAAGAUAUUAUAGUUCAACUAUAUCUUCAACUUUAUCCUCUACUACUACUAGUAGUAGUAGUACUACUACCGCUGCUGCUGCUUCACCAUUACCAACAACAACAACACCAGAUAUAAUAGGAGUAGAAGAUUUCUUUAAAGUUGAUUUACGUAUAGCUCGUGUCAUCAAUGCAGAACAUGUUAAAGGAGCUAAAAAAUUAAUUAAACUAACUUUGGAUCUUGGUGAAAAGAAACAGAAACCAACUCUAGUCAUUGAUCAACCAACUACAACUACAACUACUAUAAACGAACCAAUAAUUGAAAAUCAAGAACCAAUAUCUCCUCCUCCUCCUCCACCUUCUCCUGCUCCUGCUACUAGAGAUAUUAGAACAGUAUUUAGUGGAGUUAAAGCAUAUUAUGAACCAGAACAAUUAUUAAACAAGAAUGUUAUAGUGGUUGCCAACUUGGCACCAAAGAAAACUAAAUUUGGUGUAUCAGAGGCAAUGGUAUUAUUUGCAUCCGACGAUGAUUCCAAAAAUGUCAUUUACUCUACAUUGGACCCGACUGUCGCAUCGGAUGCCAUCCAACCUGGUUGGAGAGUUUUAUAA